UUCAUAUCAAACUACUCUUGGAGGAUCAACCUUGGAGUCAAUCAAACAGAGUUCUUAGAACAUAAUAAAACUACCCAUACUGUCAUAUUCAUCAAGACUCGAUAGCCUAGAAAGGGGUCUCCAUUACUUUUUAUUGAAGCAAGGGGUUGAAUGUUGGUAAGAUUGGUCAAAACACAUACCGCUAGCUUACAGCAUCAUGGAGAAUGAAUCUAGACUUUGGCAAGAAUGCCGGGGUGCAGCUCCAGGCCAAGACUCUUGGCUUGCCCAUCAUCAGUCUAGACACGGACAAUUAAGACACGAUUCCUGAAUCUUGAUAAUUGCUUUACUCCUCAAUUUCUCAGAUCUCCCACUCGAUCUCUAUUCCAGACUUAUUAGAGGACAAUUACGCAAUAAGCUAUGCGGUCGAGCGAUGUAAUAUUGUCGGCGUCUUGGGUCAUCGGGGGCGUGCUUGGGAGUUGUCCCAAAUAUUCAUCUUACUCCACGUCGCGAAAUCCACCUCUCUCGCCCGGCGCCUACAAACUCGCAUACCAGCGACCGUCUCCAGAAUGUCGAACAUUAAACUCAACCCUAAUCGAAGAAGCCAUUAACCGAACGAAAGAUGCGAUAUACGACGAAGAUCUAUCUCGCCUUUUCGAGAACACUUGGCCGAACACGCUCGAUACGGCGAUAAAAUGGCGAGGGUUCGCGGCCAAUAACACGGAGGAGGAGCUGGCUUUUGUCAUUACUGGAGAUAUCGAUGCUAUGUGGAUUCGAGAUUCGGCGAACCAGAUAGCCCCAUAUAAAGCGGUAUUAAAGAGCCCUACCAGCGACAUUGCCUCGCUGUUCCGUGGAGUCAUCAAUAUGCAGAGUCGUUAUUUGAUUAUUUCGCCGUACUGUAACGCCUUUCAACCGCCGCCCGAGUCAAACAUAAACGUUCAGCCAAACAGCGGCACGUACUCUGUCACACCAAGCUAUGAUAGAAGUAUAGUCUUCACUUGCAACUUUGAGCUCGAUGACUUUGGCGGCUUCUUGCAGCUCUCGCAUGAUUACUACACAGCAACAGGUGACGUAGAUUUCUUCGGCAAAUUCCAAUGGAUUUCCGCUGUGCAAUCUAUUCUUGCCGCUUCAGAAGCCAUGAGGCAGCCUACGUAUGGUCCAGAUGGCAAAUGGAUCCCCCCGGCGUACACUUUUCAAUCCCUAACUAUGUCAGCCUUCGGCACAUUGGGGAACAAUGGAAUGGGGGCUCCCGUAAACGAUACGGGCCUGGUGCGGUCCCCGUUCCGCCCAAGCGAUGACAGCGCCAUGUUUGACUUCAGUAUUCCCGCGAACAUGAUGCUUUCAAGAUACCUAGAAUCGACCUCAGAAAUCAUGGAGCGAUUACCAAACGCUCCGAAAGGUCUCUCGCGGGAAAUGAAAGAUAUGGCCACCGAAAUUAGGGAAGCUAUCAACCAGUGGGGUGUUGUAAAAGCGCCAAAUGGUCAGAAGAUAUUCGCGUAUGAGGUCGACGGGUUUGGGGGUCAGAAUUUGAUGGAUGACGCUAACAUCCCAUCCCUCCUCUCGGCGCCUUUUCUGGGGUACUUAAACAAGAGUGACGCCAUCUACCAGAAUACGCGGGCUUUCGUCCUAAGCAGAAGCAAUCCGUGGUGGUGCACUGGCCCUUAUAUUAACGCCAUCGGCUCCCCACACAUUCGACCCGGUGCAGCAUGGCCCAUGGCGUCGAUUAUGCGAGCAAUGACCUCAGACAACGACAGCGAAAUCAUAACAGCGAUCACAGAGGUUCUACGGAGUACAGAUGGAUACGGCCUCAUCCAUGAGAGUGUCGAUACUUUUGACACAAGCAAAUGGACCCGACAAUGGUUCACUUGGGCAAAUGGACUUUUUGGCCAGAUGAUUAUGGACCUAGCUGAUAGGAAACCUCAUAUCCUGAAAGAGAGCUUCCAGCCUUUUUUCAUAGAAAAGAGUUAGGGUUGUAUGCGCGGUUAAUAUAUUUGUAUCUCCAGCUGUAUUGUUCCGUAAAAUCCAGUCACCCCGUGGUCAUAUUAGUCAA